CUUCAGAGCUCACCUGAAAAAAGGUGUGCGACAGUUGAGGCUAAAGUGAAACUAACUGUAACUUAGGGUAGUUAAAAGAACUAAGGGGUUGAAAUGGAACCGUAUGAUGUUAUUGUUAAUCAGCCGGUUGUUAUAGACAAUGGUUCUGGAGUGAUUAAAGCUGGAUUCGCCGGUGGUCAAGUUCCAAAAUGCAGAUUCCCAAAUUACAUCGGGAGGCCGAAGCAUGUUCGAGUUAUGGCAGGAGCCUUGGAAGGGGAUCUUUUUGUUGGCCCCAUAGCUGAAGAGCACAGAGGAUUGUUGUCGCUAAGCUAUCCAAUGGAACAUGGCAUAGUAACGGAUUGGAACGACAUGGAAAGGAUCUGGUCAUAUGUAUACAGUAAAGACCAACUGGCGACGUUUAGUGAAGAGCAUCCCGUUCUCCUAACAGAGGCACCCCUGAACCCACGAAAGAACAGAGAAAAGGCUGCCGAAAUAUUCUUCGAAACAUUCAACGUCCCGGCUUUGUUUGUCUCUAUGCAAGCUGUACUUAGUUUAUACGCCACUGGAAGGACAACUGGCGUCGUUUUAGACGCGGGAGACGGAGUUACUCAUGCAGUUCCAAUAUACGAAGGAUUCGCAAUGCCGCACAGUAUAAUGAGGGUUGACAUAGCUGGUAGGGACGUUAGCAGGUAUCUUAGAUUACUCCUGCGCAAAGAAGGCAUUAAUUUCAAGACUACAGCAGAGUUUGAGAUUGUUAGAACUAUCAAAGAAAGGGCAUGCUACCUUGCGAGUAAUCCACAAAAAGAGGAGACCGUUGAGACAGAAAAAUUCCAGUACACUUUACCAGAUGGAAGUAAUCUUGAGAUCGGACCAGCUAGAUUUAGAGCUCCUGAGGUUCUUUUCAGACCCGACCUUGUGGGCGAAGAAUGCGAGGGGCUUCACGAAGUGCUAAUGUAUUCAAUCCAAAAGUCAGAUUUAGACUUGAGGAAGGUUCUUUAUCAAAACAUUGUAUUAUCUGGGGGAUCAACACUUUUCCGAGGAUUUGGUGAUAGGUUACUUUCGGAAAUUCGUAAAUUGUCGUCAAAGGAUAUCAAGAUCAGGAUAUCAGCGCCACAGGAACGAUUGUACAGUACUUGGAUCGGAGGUUCGAUUUUAGCUUCUUUGGAUACAUUUAAAAAGAUGUGGGUGAGCAAGAGGGAAUACGACGAAGAAGGAAGUAGAGCAAUUCACCGUAAAACUUUUUGAGCCCUAUUAUGUAUUAAUUAUUAUGCAUACGGAGUAUAGAUAUUGUAUAAGCAUACGACAAUGCUCGGGCACAUUCACCACGCACUGCAAUAACCAACUAAUAACAAAUGCUGCUUUUAACUUUCAUUUUAAGACUCCACUCUUUAUCUAAUUAUUUGAAGAGUGUGACGAAAAUAGGGAAAAAACCACGCAGUGACCAAUUAUACGAUUCAUUUACACUUUUCAGUGAUCAUUAAUCAACCCUUUUUGCUUCGAAAAAUAGCGGGUAUACGAUUCUAUACUGUAGGUUUAACACAAUACGGUAUUGUUGUUUUAGUUUUUGUAAAUCAGCGUUUAGAUAAAAUCGAAAUGGAUUGCUCUAGUACGAAAAUUUUAUGAUUCGCGAAGACUCAAUAUAAACAAAUAUUUGCUAUGCUAAGUAAUCCAGAUGUAGAGCUGCUCUAUAGUUUUGUUAAUUUUUUUGUAAAAAAAAAAGAUAAAUAAUAUUUAGCUAAUAAAGUGCGGUAGGAAUUUUGCAAAGUAUUUGUAAAUAUAUGUACGCUUACGUAAAAUAAAUUUGAAAAUGUUGUAAAAUUAGAGCAACGGAAAAAAAAAGAAUUAAUUAAUGGGCAUAUAAAUCUUUUUCCAAACAGCAAGUCAACCAUUUACAAUUUUUGCACGAUUUAAAAUAUGUUGCGAAAUCUUUAUCAAUUGUGAUAUGCAGUAGAAAACCGAGCAUUGAAGUAAAGUAUGUAACAUAAGAAUCAGUCAGGAAUUCAGUCACCAAAUGUUAAUUUGACAUUCACUUUUGAAAUUACCGUACUUAUUGCACAAAGGUGUAAAUUGGAGAAAGCAAGUUGCCGAAUAAUUAAACAUUUAUAUUACCUAAUUGGUGUGCUAUGCUUGUGGGUCCCAAAAAAGAAAGAUAAAGACAGAAAAUACAAUAAAUAACACGAAGCUAGAUUAAUAAUAGGGUUCAUGGUGGUGCAAUUGUAAUUAUUGAAACCAAACCAGUAAGUGUUGAAAAAGCUAAGACGCGUAAAAUAAGAUGAGCAAGUUUUUUCCAGCAGCUUUUAUAGUUUUCAUCAUUAUUUAAUCAAAUAUCAUUAAUAUUUAUACUGUCUACUAUUCAUUUAAUAUUACUAUUUAUAUUAAAAAUGAAGAGAAAAACAACAAAUAAAAUUCGUAACGUCGA